AUGCACAGACAGUUUAGUUGUCCCUGUAGACAUUUUAAAAUCGACGACAAAUCACGCGAAAGUGUGAAAAGCCCUGGUACUCAUUCGUUCUUCCUGUUACGACAGGCUGAAGCUCGUGCCGAGUUCGCAGAGAGAUCCGUGCAGAAGUUGCAGAAGGAGGUCGACAGGCUCGAAGGUGCGUAUACCAUGUUCGAUCAUCUCUCGAGUUUCUCGUUUCUCGCGUCUCGUGUCGUGCGAGAUUUUCAUUUUCGAGACGGUUUUUACUUUCUCGAACAGUGUCUUUUUUUUUUUUAUUAUUAUUUUUUUUUUCCUUCUAAGAAAGCAUUUCCGUCGACACCUUAGUUUAA